CCGUGACGUCAGACGUAAACGUUGGGCGGAAGCUGUGCACGCCGUCAACAGCUGCGCACGGGGAAAACAAACUAAGCACACUGUACAUUGUUUUUCAAAAGCGUAGCAAAGUACCAAGGUUACUAACGUUACAUCAAAAUAUGGAUGACGACGUACUGACAACUCUGAAACUGUUGAUAAUCGGCGAAAGUGGAGUGGGGAAGUCCAGCCUUCUCCUGAGAUUCACAGAAGACACAUUUGAUCCGGACCAGUCAGCGACAAUUGGAGUGGAUUUCAAAGUGAAGACACUGGCCAUCGACGGAAAUAAAGCAAAACUCGCCAUAUGGGACACAGCUGGACAAGAAAGGUUUCGUACGCUAACACCCAGCUACUAUCGUGGUGCCCAGGGAGUCAUACUCGUAUAUGAUGUUACAAAGCGCGACACCUUCACAAAGCUGGAAAACUGGCUGAAUGAACUGGAAACCUACACAACUCGCAACGAUAUCGUAAAAAUGCUUGUAGGCAACAAGAUUGAUCGGGAGGACCAUGAAGUGGAUAGAAAUGAAGGCCUCAAGUUUGCGAGAAAGCACUCAAUGCUUUUUAUUGAGGCAAGUGCAAAGACCAAAGACGGCGUACAGUGUGCCUUCGAGGAGCUUGUAGAGAAGAUCCUCCAAACUCCGGGGCUUUGGGAAAGCGAAAGCCAGGGCCAGACGUUGCGCCUGGGGAAUCAAGAGCAAGGCGGCGGCAGGGCAUGUGGAGGAUAUUGCUCCGUACCGUGAGUGGACAAAACAAACGUACAAACAGACAAAAAAAAGAAAGCUUGAUUGAAACGACAACAGUCCAGAAACGGGAAGUAGAUGGAAAAAAACGUGAGUUGGUAAGCGAGACCAGAGGUGGACUCUUUGCACAUGACACUUCUUUCUGUUGAAUUGAAUGGAAAUAAGGCUUUAGGCCCCGUUUAGAGUUUGAAUUUAAUGUAUGCCAGGGUGGAAUGCGCGCGAUGUCACUCUACAACAGCGAAUGUGAGAAUGCAGCCGAUGCUUUGAACCAAUGUUGAGGUGACAUGGCCGAUCCUGACCAUCCUCCGCACGUAGCGCCAUUUCAUACGGGGGAAUGGAGAACCUGCGUUCACCCGCUGGCCUUUUCGUCUUUUACCACAACACUGUGCGUACAGUCCUUACUUGCGUUUGACUGUAAACUCAGUGGAUGGUCAUUUAAAGGCCUUAUCCAUUAAAUGUAUUCAUCCAUCCCUUCUUUGUCUCACGCAAAAUCCCCUGAUCAGUUGAUCAUCAUCUUGCUCCUCAACAAGUUUGUCAAACCCUUAACUAUUUUUGCUAUAUGUACCUCACGAUGCAAGAAAUGUAUUCAAACCAGUUUCAUUUAACUGCUUUAUCACAAACGCUUAGCUUGCCGUUUUCUUAUGUUAGGCCAGUCGCCGUUUCUCAUGAUUUCAUUUUUUAUUUUACUGUUUGUGUGCAAUGCGGUCCAUAUUUAGUCUUCAAGGUGAUUGUUUCAGAAAUCAUUCCCGGUCGCUUUUUCUGCUCCGCAGCAUCCAGUUUUUGUCGCUAUUUGUCAACUUGUUUUCACACUCUCCAGCAAAUUUAUCUUUGUCCCUUUCUGCGAAUGUUUCCAAUCAAAUUUCGCAAUGCGGAAUGUCCCAAUGAAUCCUGCCUUCACAAUGGAUGACGUUCUGUGUGUUUUUUCGGUCUUGUUAAAAUUGUCCUGUUUCAAAAAGAAAUAAAUGACAUUCGGGGUGCAGCC